UCUUCUUUGCUCCAAGAGAUAUGAAGAGGUUACAAAUCAGAGCCCGCACCGAUGAAGCGAAGAACGGUGGAGCCCACAAUGAUCCAUUGUUGGCUGUGGAAGAGGUGACUGCCGCACAAUCCCCACUGUCUCAGAGGCACAAGGACAAGAGCGUGACAGAAAUGAAUUCUCCGACCGUGAUAGAGAUGAAUUUGUCCUACCGUAGGUUUGCGCAGAACAAGGAGGGAUCGCUGGGAAGGGCCGCGCGCGGUCAAAGCCUCCGGAAGAUGUCUGAUGGCAGCGGGCAGGUCCGACCCGGGGCUGGGAACAGGAGCCAGGACCAGGGACGGGGGGCGAACCAGGAGUGUUCCCGACCCACGCUCAACGCUGCGAGUGAGAGGAGGGAGAGUUUUACCAGGGAUCCACGGCUGGCAAGAGGAUGCGAUGUGGCCCAGAGCCAUGUGGGGCACAGAGGUCGCCCUGAUGAGAGGGUCUCCCCUCCCACAGAGACACCCGUCACAUCCAGCAUGAGACCCCCCCAGAGCGGGCAGGACGACAGCGCGCUCAAACCCACCCCCCCUCCGCACCCGCAGCCAGGUGCUGAGUUGGCUCCAGAUGUGACGGCUGGCAAGACAGAGCUGCCAUCGUCCUCUCCACAGUCGGGAAAGAAAGCUGUCCCCAACACUCUGGAGCUGGUAACGACAUUGGUGAGCCCUAGUCCACUGAGCCGCACUGAUCCUACCAUUUCAUCUCCUCCUCUCCAGGAAAAAAAGGCGGAGAAGGGUGUGAAGAAUGCCGGGAUUCUGACCCUGGAGAUGAAGACCACUGGAGAGGGAGGUGGCGCCCACAUUCCGGUCCGCAUCACCGCGCGGAGUGACGGAGCCGGCCACAGGGGGUUUGGAUCAUCCUGGGGGGACUUGGCGUGGGAGCUGCCGGUCAUGAAAAUAAAACCCAUUGAGUCGAAGACUUCUGAGUCGCCGGGGAAGAGGAGGAAACCGACCGCGGUGAGCGUGCGCCCGUGGACGGCCUCCUGUUUAGUUUCGGUCAUUGCCACGUGCCCCGAGGUACAGUGA